AUGAGUUUCUUUGCAGAUAAUUACAGUAACCGCUCGGGCGCAACAUCAAGAAGCUCUCUCUACCGACCGAGCUCUCGAGCUUCGCUUCCGUCCUUUCUGUCUCUUCAGAACUCGUCUUAUCGAGUCCUGCAAGAUGACGAAGACAAGUGGCUGACAGAAAUUCCUGUCGACCCGAUCUUCAUGGAGCACACCGACAAAAUCAACGUAAAGGUCGUCAAAUACUCGCUUCAAAUUUCUUGCGAGGUCUUUGAUACAAUCGGCGAGGGCAGAAUGGCCAAAACUCAACAGUACAAACUAAACAAAAGAAUCACUCUUCCUGACGAUUGCAAACUAGAAACCCUCGAUGUUGUUGUUGACAAGAAACGAACUGUCGUGCGGAUCGUUUGUGAUAAAAUACCUGGUCACAGCCGUUGCAUGAGCCGAAACUCAAGAGCGUCAAGAGCUGGCUCCCGGAUGGGCUCUGCACUUGGUUUUUAUGAUCAGCCAAGAUCUGGACUCGCGACUCCCAACAUGUUUGCUCCAACAUUCGGCCAACCAUCCCGUCCUGACUCAAGAUCAUCGUUUUACGGUGAAAUGAAUGGAGGUCGAAAUAUCAACGGCACCUCAAAGACGGAACUCGAUGAAGUAGAAAACAGUGAUAAGCGAUGGGAAUCCCGCUUGGUUCUCGACGAAAAUUUCGCUGGUGAAGUUGGCUCGAUCCGAAGCUACAAACGAAAUGAUUUUAUUUUAAUUGAGAAGAAAAUCCCUAUUCCUAGUGACGUCCAGCUAGGAACAGUGUCAACCUUUAUCAAAGAUGGUGUUGUCGUAAUCAUGGGAAUGAAGAAACAAAGCCAGUCAACUUUUGUCCCAAACGGUGCUGGAGAUCUUAAAAUCGACACGGCCACACAAGCCCAAAUUCACCGUGAGAUGACAUCUUCCUUGAAUGCUACUGAUUUGACACCCUCUCGUCCAACGAUGAUUGCUCCUCCUGCCGCGGUAAAGCAACCAGAGAGCCCUCAAUCCCCUGAGAAACCCCUCGCUCCGAUUAUUCCACCAGAGCAGAAAACUGAAUCAGCGAAAUCUGUGGAAAAAAAUGCGAUCGAAAAGCCAGCAGAAGCCAGAACGGAGGAGAAAACUCAACCUGCAAAACCUGAGGAAGAGAAAUUCGCCGCAAAAACUGAGUCUUUCCAGCUGCAAGAACAUCUUGGCCGUAGUUCUAGUCGAGCAACCCCAACUCAACGCUCCAGAAACGUUUCACAAUCUUCCGUUUCAUCGCGUCGAUCAAGUAUUUCUGAGGCUCAUAAAGCUGCUACUGAUGCCGAAUCCCAAGAAGACGAGUCCGGUAAUGGACCUGUCUGUGAAAUUAUUGAAAAUUCGGACAAAAAAUGGGAAGUUCGUUUGAAUGUCCCAGCUAUGUUCUUAGAAGCGCCUGAAAAUGUGAAAGUAAAAGUUUCGAAGAAGAAAAUUUCAAUCAAAGCUUCUGUGACCAAGUCUUCGAAAACCUCGACCCUUUCCCGAGAAGUCAAUAUCCCCUCUGACGUGAAUCAGAAAAAACUAUCUGUUGAAGCCGUGAAAGAAGAUGGAGCUCUGAUUCUUAGAUGCCCUAAACAUCAAAAAUAA